AUGCGCGAGGCCGGGCAGGAGGGAACAGAGGUCUUCGGCUCGCGGGAGGCAAGCCACGCCGGGGACGACUCCUCAGCCAACCCCGUGCGCCAGCUGGUGGUGGGCCUCCUCGUCAUUGCCGGUAUCUUGGCUACGUGGGUGGGGUCCGCCGAGGUGGGUCAGUUCACCGAGACCGAAGCCAACUACGACAAGACCUUCUUCAUCGUCUACCUCAACAACACAUGGCAGAUCAUGUGCCUCCCGCUUUAUGUGAUCUUUGUGGGGGUUGGGGGCUUGAUGGGCAAAGGAGCCGGGGACGAAGGCAUCGCGGCCCACCUCACCCGCAAGAUGCGCGAAGACGGCCUGUCGUGGCCCAAGGUCUUCCUCGCCGCCUUCGUGUCGGGCUUCUUCCUCAUCGUGGCCGACUACUGCUACUUCCUGGCCCUGUCCAUGACCUCCGCCGGCACGGGUAUUGUUCUAUUCAGCCUGUCGUCGAUCGUGACGUACCUGCUGUCGAUCGUGGUGCUCAAGGAACCGAUAUCCGUGCUCAAGAUCCUCUCCCUCGCGCUGUCGUUCGGCGGCGUGGUCAUGAUCACCUUCGGCGACCGAGAGAACGCUAAAAACUCUGAUCUGAAGGACAGCUGGAAGGGCGACAUCAUCAUGGCCGGUGGUGCUUGCUUCUGGGCUCUGUACCUGGUGACCUACAAGAAGUUCGUCGGUGAUCCGUCGCACACGACGAUCAACGUGCAGAGCACGCUCGUGGGGCUCAUUAGCGUGUUCUUCUCGUGGCCCGUCCUGUUCAUUCUCCACUACACGGGCGCCGAGAAGUUUGAGUUGCCAUCGGGCGGCCUGCAGAUCGGCAUCUUGGUGGCCACCACCUUCCUGGUGUUCUGCAACAACUACAUGUUCACCUUUGGUGUCGCGCUCACCGCGCCGGGCUUUGUCACGAUCGGGAGCAUGUUGGCCAUCCCUGCCUCGGCCAUCGUGGAUCGAUUCGUGCGAGAUGUGGCUUUCCCUCCGCUCAAGAUCGGUGGCACUGCGGCGGUGGUGGCGGGCUUCCUUCUGCUCAACAUCGACGAUCGCUGGCUGUGGGCCAAGAUCAAGUCCCUCUUCUGCUGCUCAUCGGCUGGAUAUUCGCGCCUCCCGCUUGACCCGUUGGACCCAACCGACAAGCAACACGAGCCCAGCUACGACGCACGCGACUUCUCGCUCAACGCAGCCUGA